CGAGAACCUCAGCAGAUGAGGCGAUGGAAAACGCUCCAACUUUCAUUAAACAAUACAUCGUAGAUGGAAUUUGCUGUAUGUCUCGGGCAAAUUACGCAUUUCUUUGCUUGAAUACCAGGCAUGGCCGAACUCGCUGCUCUAGGCGUCGUGCUGGGAGUACUACCCCUCAUUGUAUCAGCAAUCGAGGAUUAUGAGAAUGUCUGUCGGCCGAUCGGACAUUACAGGAAUUAUGCUCUAGAAUCGAUCAAAGUUCAACAGAAAUUAGGCAUUGAGAAAGCCAUUUUCAUCAACGAAUGCAAACUUUUGCUUCAGACAACGCUGAGUAGCACAUCUCUCGCGAACCAGAUGGUAGCGGACAUCAAACAUGCUGCAUGGAAGGACCAAGGCCUGAACGAGACUCUCACUAAGUGUAUCGCCAAUUAUGAAGGCUAUUUCAACAAAAUUAUCGAAGAUAUUCGAGCUCAGGUACUGGGAAUCGAACACUUAUGCCAGGAGUAUGGGAUCUUGGACAAGGAAGUAGUCACAACUAGUACGUCCAAGUCUCCGCAGACUAGCCAUUCCAAUCACAGGCAGUGGCUACUGCAUGUUGGCAAGAAGCUCAAAUAUUCAUUCGGGGCAUCUGGACUCCAAGAAAAGCUUCUUGAAUUGGAAGGCUCGAGACAGCUCUUCGUCGAUGUUUCAAGCCAGAUUAGAGAGUCUAUCAAACUAUCCUCUGCACACGCUUUACCAGCAAAGCAGACAAACCCAGGCUCUCCCAAGACUUCAGGAUACGAGGCUAUCCAGGAAGCUUCCAAAGGCCUAUAUGCAGCCCUCGAAGAAGCUUGGGAUUGCCACGAUGAGCACUCACUACACGUAAGGCUGGACACAAAUCAAGUUUCAAAAUCUUCACGGAUCCGAUUCCAUCUCGGUCUGCGGCUAGGGAAUGAACAAGGUCCGACAUGGGUUGCCAUUGAGUCAAUAUGUAAGACUUCCGAAGAACUUCUGCCGCAAACGACUCCACUUCAAUGUCCUAUAGCCAAGCAGACGUUUAUGAACGCCUUCGGAAUUCAAGAUAUGAAGCAACGUUCUAUCCAUGUCGAAAGUGUAUCCCGUGUUCGUAUUCAACGAAGUUCAGCAUGGCACUGUCCUUGGUCUGAGGAUAUUGAGUCCAAGACAACCCAACAAUUCGACCCUUCACAUAUGAACAUUUCCAUACGUAGCAAGAUCUGUCAUCAGUUACAACAGCAUUUCGAUGGAGAUAUACCAUCCCCGGAAUCUGAAAAAUGCCUCGGGGUACUCGAGCCAGAUUCGAAAUAUCACCACCUCGUCUACACAACGUUUGAACAACAUUCAACGUCUCAAUCUCCAGUAUCACUCUCUCAUUUCAUGUCACCGGAUGUCCGACAGUCCCCAUUAGGCGAUUUCAAUCUAUACGAAAAGUUUCGAUUAGCAAGACAGCUUUCCGAAGCCGUGUUACACUACCACCCAACUCCUGUCAUGAAGGCGCCUUGGGCAAGCGAAGACGUGGUAUUUUUCGGCAAUGAUUUUACGGCUAUAGAACAGCGACCAUCCGUUGCCAGCCCACAUUUGAAAGUCCAGAUCAGAAACAGACAUGCUCUGUCGCACUCGGAGCAGGGCAUUGAUGACGAAAGUUUCAGUCCUCGAAAUCCCCACCUAUUUGCACUCGCUCUUCUUUUGUUUGAGAUCGGAUAUCAGACAUCUAUUGAGGACCUUCAUAGACAAUUCAGAUCCUCGAUGACGCACUCAGACAAGCAAAGACAUUACAAUCUUGUACAGAAAGUGUGCAAGAACUUUAUGAGUGCAAAGACUGGGAUACCCUACAAAGUCAUAGUCUACAAGUGUCUCAACUGCGAUUUCGGAAUAGGUGAAGAUGACUUGUCGAGUUCAGUGCUUCAAAGAGCAUUUUAUGAACAUGUUGUCUGUGCUUUGGAAAAGCUUGAGAAGGAGCAAGAGGAGAUAUAUGGUGCAGAAUUGUCUUGAGAUUGGAAGUGGGUGGAUGCCUGGUACUUGUUCAAAGACAGGUUGCUCCUAUACAUAGCCUGCCAUACUUAAAAAAAAGAUGUGCUGAGAAGUGCUUACAAGAUCAGGAAAGGGUAUUCCUUCAGUAUGCCCAACAUAGAUGUCUCCACGCUUAUAGCACGCAUAUCAAAAGGAGGUCUUCAACUGAGCAGUGUACAGGGCGGAUAAUUUAUAUCUCAAAUGGGAAAUGGGAAAUGGGACUAUCAAGCGUAUACUAAACAACUUUUGUAAUUGGAGAAUCGGACUCUUCUGAAAGAGGAAGAACGGCACGCAUGCUCAUUGCACUUUGAAGCAAAGCCUACAUAAAUCAAGAAAAGUAAAUACGAAUAUCUUGCCAC